GAGGAGGUUUCAAUUGACCUCUGUUUCUUCGCGAUUGCCGUUUGGGUCGAACGUAAUUUUUGGUUGCGGUCUGUUAUAGGCGUAAAAUGUCGCGUUUCGAACGCGUAGCGAGGUUUUGUAGACAAAUUUAUGUUUCCCAAGGGUCUGUUUCCACGAACUGUUGCUACAGCAGAGCGAGUGUUUUCGGAACACCCGACAAAAUCCCAGCAAGAUUUCUGCACUCAACAUGUCCGCUGGCGAAAACCGACGACAGGAAGGCCAUGAUGGCGUCGCUGCCAAAGAAAGACGAAGGAACUCAGGGCCAUCGCUCAGUGGACAUCGAUUCAGUGCAUGUUACGGGCUCGCUGUUUCCAGACAUCGACACCCCCAACAUGCUCUUCGACGGAGUGCGGUUUGCAGACCUACCAAUAUGCCACGUGCGGUGCUCCAUGAAUAACACUAUAAUACAGAUAACAGAUGCCAAAGGUGCUCCACUUUCCCUCAUGAAAUCUGGGGGCACUGAGGGCUACAAAAAUGCGCGGAAAGGCACAACGGUCGCAGCUCAAGCGGCAGCGAUGAGCAUCUCAUCGGCUGCGCGCUCUCGAUCAAUCGACACAGUAAGGGUUGUCGUCAGGGGCCUGGGACCUGGAAGAUUGGCAUCGGUCCAGGGACUUCAGAUGGGUGGACUGAACAUCGUGUCCAUCACCGACCGGACAUUCGCCCCCCACAAACUGUACCAGCGGCCACGAAAGGCAAAGAGACUCUAGUCUGCACGCCGCCUGUACUUGUGGAAUUUUGUUCCCCCUAUAGAUACUUGUAAAUAAAAUUAUUUGAAUGCACAAA